AAACUGACUUGGUGAGCCAGACCUGGCACUUCCCGGUUUAGGGCCGGUCAUUGUUCGCGACGAACCGUGACCUUGUCUUCCUGCACACAACGACGACAGCAGUUCAUUCUUUUCAUCAACAUUGGUCGCCAUGCCGAACAAGGUCGUCACGACACCAUACCCGCUCAUCGACGCUGACCCACACGCUUCCCGCGUUGUGCGUUAUUUCCGUUCGUCAGACUAUGCAACAUGGGCUGCAGGAACAGCCGCAUUCCCGGCUGCUUUGUAUUUCUGGGAUAUGGCUGACCCUACAAAAGUUCGUCUGCGGACUAGCCUUCGGCUUGGAGGCUUGCUUGGCUUCGUCGGCGGUUUCUUGCUGGCAUACCAACGCUCAAUUCGUUUCUGGGGCUGGUCAGAGAACAAGCGAGAGGAGGACUUGGAUCUGGCCGAGCUCUCUCAGAGAGCAGCUGAGGGUAAGCCCUUGUAUGGUACAUCCAGCCAGCCCGAGUGGGUGCAGGGCACUGCAUACCGUAACUCUGCAUGGUCUCAGUUGAAGUUCCACGCAUUCCCCAUGUUCAACUUUGUCAACCAUCAACAUCACGGCACCGAGGCUGCAAAAUAUGGAGUGAAGGAAAAGGAGCUAUCAGAUUAGAUAUUGAUAUACCUUCCUGCUGAUUGCACUGUCGUUGGGUUGACGCCAUGCACUUGCGAGGAGGUUUGAUUUUCCCGCAAGUCUGCGGAAUGAAUAAACAUACCUGCUUUGACUGUCAGUAUA